CGAGACAUUUCACAUUCAAAACGUCCAUUUGAGAUUAACUCGUAUCCGAUACAAGAGUUUGGAAGAGGCCUUCAAGGGAAUCAGGACCGUUUGGUAUCAGGGACCACCUCAUUGAGGCCUGCAAUUGAUACCCAUCAUGGCGAAGAGGAAGCGCAACAAUCCCUCCAGUAAUGCCGUGAAGAAGCAGGCGACGGCAAGCCUUCCCAGUCCCCCACAUGAAAAGGAAACUGCUCUCGGUGCCCCAAGCAUUCAUGCAGUGAUAUCACCAGAAGAGAUGGAAAUCGCCGUGGAAACACUUCAAUCUUUGACAGAACACCCAGCUUUGAUCAAGUCCAAGGCGUGCAAGGACCUGAGGGCAGCAGUGUACAACUUCCGCCAGGCGAGCACCACAGGAAUGGCUGCAGCCGAGAACAGCAACCUCACAGCCCGCAUUUCUGCGGCACUCACAGAUGGCAAGUACACAGAUGCUAUGAUUCUUCUCGCCGAGAUGCGCAUCAGGAAGGAAACACCCACCCUCGGUGCCCUCUGCCGCUGGGUACGCACACUGGACGUUAUCUCCGGACUGUCAAUCCAUGUACAAGUACCGAGCCAGACAGUCGUAGGCAAGAACGCCAGUAACGAGGAACUAGUCCGAGUCCUGGACGCCAUUCUCCGAGUCACUGGCCCAACAGACACAACAUCUCACGGCAUCGACGCAACUUCCGGCCCCAUCUCGCUGCAAGGAACAUGGAAUCUGCGCCCCGCCACAGAGCCCACACGUCAACUGCGCCGCAGCAUCGAAGACAAAUCCAUCUUCACAUCCUCACCCAUCAAUAAGGAGAACUUCCGCAUCAUUGAAACUACACCCGGUCCCCUCCGCAAACCACCAAACCUCCACCCUGCUGUCCUCUUUGCAUCCCAAGACGACUCAGUCCUCCUCGGCCAAGGCCCAAAGACAGAAUGUUACAAGCACCCCAUCGUACCCGACUUGCGUCUAAUCAAAGACGUGCUAUCCCCGGAGGAGUGUUCGUCCAUCAUCGCAGCAGGUGAGACCAUGGAAUUCAUUCCCGACGCGCCAAUGCGGCCUCAGGGCGAAGACACGAGCAUUCUCGCGCACAACUUCUACUGGAUCGUUGACCAGGCAUUCCACGAUAAGCUGUGGGCGCGCGUGAAGGCGUUUGUGCCAGAGUCUGUGGGUGGUAGGGUGGUGAGGGGGAUUAACAGGAGGUUUAGGGUGUAUCGUUAUGUGCCGGGCGCGGAGUAUAGGUGUCAUAUUGAUGGCGCAUGGCCACCCUCAGGCAUCGAUCCUGUCACCGAUGCGUACCAGUAUGAUUCCUCCCCGUCUGAUGCCCGCCAGUCGAGUCUGUUCACGUUCCUGAUCUACCUCAACGACGACUUCCGCGGUGGCGAGACGACGUUCUUCAUCCCCAGUGUGAAGGAGGGCGUUAUCAACGCGUAUCCUGUGAAACCGAUCAUGGGCAGCGUGGCUGUGUUCCCGCACGGUGAGGCGGCGGGCGCGCUGCUGCAUGAGGGUACCGGUGUGGUUGAGGGCGCGAAGUAUGUGAUUCGGACGGAUGUCGAGUAUGACGUAGAUGCCACUGUUUGAUCGAAUGCAUCGUCUGCGCCUGUUUCCAAGAACCCCUCUUUGCUUAGACCCUCGUCCGAUUUUGAUGUCGUCGUCGCGAUGAGCGUGUCGUUCUAAAAACCACACAGUCUUGUCGGAUCCGCAAUGUGAAC